GCGCUGCGGACGCGCUGCCGGCCCGAGGAGCGGCAGCGGCAGGAGGGAAACGCAGCUCCGCGUAACCUGCGCCGCUGCCCGCCGGCGCUCUCCCCGCGGAGGUCGGGGACCUGCUGCGGGGGGAUGGAGCAGCAUGGGUACCCUUCCUAUAGCGCCCGCAGCCCCGCCUGGGAGGAACUGGAGUCCGGGAAGAUGGCCGGGGCCGAAUCGGGGAUGAGCGGCGCCGGGAUCCCGCAGCAGCCCCAGCCCCAAGCCCCGGCGGCGGCGGGGCCGGCGGACGAGUCGUCGGACAGCGAAGGGGAGCACGAGGGCCCCCAGAAACUCAUCCGGAAAGUGUCCACCUCGGGCCAGAUCCGCAGCAAGACAAGUAUAAAAGAAGGAUUACUACUGAAGCAAACCAGUUCUUUUCAGAGGUGGAAAAAGCGUUACUUCAAACUUCGAGGGCGUACCCUUUACUAUGCUAAGGAUUCAAAGUCUCUAAUAUUUGAUGAAGUUGACCUGUCAGAUGCCAGCGUAGCUGAAUCAAGCACAAAAAAUGUCAACAACAGCUUCACGAUAAUCACUCCAUUUAGGAGGCUAAUACUGUGUGCUGAGAACAGAAAAGAAAUGGAGGACUGGAUAAGCUCUCUGAAGUCUGUUCAGUCCAGGGAACACUAUGAGACCGCACAGUUUAAUGUGGAACAUUUCUCAGGGAUGCAUAACUGGUACGCCUGCUCCCAUGCCCGACCUACCUUCUGUAACGUGUGUAGAGAGAGCCUUUCUGGAGUCACUUCUCAUGGCCUGUCUUGUGAAGUGUGUAAGUUUAAAGCACAUAAAAGAUGUGCUGUCCGAGCAACAAAUAACUGCAAAUGGACUACAUUAGCCUCAAUUGGAAAAGACAUCAUUGAAGAUGAAGAUGGUAUAGCUAUGCCUCACCAGUGGUUAGAGGGUAAUCUGCCCGUCAGUGCCAAAUGUGCAGUCUGCGACAAGACUUGUGGCAGUGUUUUACGCCUGCAAGAUUGGAAGUGCCUUUGGUGUAAAGCUAUGGUUCACACUGCCUGUAAAGAUCUGUAUCCUCGUAAAUGUCCACUUGGUCAAUGUAAGGUAUCGAUCAUACCUCCAACAGCACUAAACAGUAUAGACUCUGAUGGUUUCUGGAAAGCCACAUGCCCGCCAUCCUGUGCCAGUCCUCUUUUAGUUUUUGUUAACUCAAAGAGUGGAGACAAUCAGGGAGUAAAGUUUCUUCGGCGAUUCAAACAGUCGUUAAAUCCAGCUCAGGUGUUCGAUUUAAUGAAUGGAGGACCUCACUUAGGUUUGAGGUUAUUUCAGAAGUUUGACAACUUCAGGAUUCUUGUGUGUGGUGGCGAUGGAAGCGUGGGUUGGGUCUUGUCAGAAAUUGAUAAGCUCAGCUUGCACAAACAGUGUCAGUUAGGAGUGCUACCCCUUGGUACUGGAAAUGACCUUGCUCGUGUCCUUGGUUGGGGAGGAUCCUGUGAUGAUGAUACACAACUUCCUCAGAUUUUGGAAAAACUAGAACGAGCCAGCACAAAAAUGUUAGACAGGUGGAGUAUAAUGUCAUAUGAGCUGAAAUUAUCAGCAAAGCCUUCUAUACUUCCAGUGACUGCAGAAGAGUCGGAGGAAUGCCAGAUAUCAGCUUAUGAGGACUCAGUUGCUGCUCAUCUUGCAAAAAUUCUCAAUUCUGAUCAGCACUCUGUUGUCAUAUCAUCUGCCAAAAUAUUAUGUGAAACUGUAAAGGACUUUGUUGCCAAAAUAGGGAAGACUUAUGAAAAACCAAUGGAAAAUGCAGAGGAAGCUGAUGCCAUGGCCAUUAAAUGCUCCGAGUUAAAUGAGAAGCUAGACCUGUUGCUCCAGGCUCUUCACACAGAAGCCCAGGCUGCUCCCCUUCUCCCAGGCAUCACUCCCCCCAUUGUGGAAGAAGAAGCAGAGGAAUUUUCAAGUGAAGAAUCCUUGUCUGAAAGUAAAGAGCAAUUAGCAGAGUGUGUCUCAAAGUCUUCCACCCAGAAACUCUUCAAACCAAGGGAACAGUUAAUGCUCCGGGCAAACAGCUUGAAGAAGGCUGUGAGGCAGAUCAUUGAACAAGCAGAAAAAGUUGUGGAUGAGCAGAAUGCUCAUAGUGAAGAACAAGUGAACCAGUCGCCAGUAGAAUAUAGCAAAGAAUUGGAUGAAUCCAAAGAAGAGGAAAAAGAGGAAGAUACAAAGGAACUUGAGUCCCCAUCGAUUAAAACUGCACCAAGAUCUCCAGAUCGACGUACAAGCCGAGGUAUCCAUUCUCAGACAGGCUCUUUCUCUGCUCCAGCUUUGGCUGCAAGCAAAGAAAACCUCCCAGUGCUUAACACGAGGAUUAUCUGCCCAGGUUUGAGGGCUGGUCUAGCUGCUUCUAUUGCAGGAAGUUCAAUUAUUAGCAAAAUGUUGCUAGCAAACAUCGAUCCAUUUGGUGCUACACCGUUUAUUGACCCGGAUCCAGAUUCCCUGGAGGGAUAUUCAGAAAAAUGUGUCAUGAACAACUACUUUGGAAUUGGGUUAGAUGCAAAAAUUUCACUAGAAUUUAAUAACAAGCGAGAAGAGCACCCCGAAAAGUGCAGAAGUAGGACAAAAAACAUGAUGUGGUAUGGAGUUCUUGGCACAAAAGAGCUGCUGCAGAGAACUUACAAGAACUUAGAACAGAAAGUUCAACUUGAGUGUGACGGACAGUACAUCCCCCUUCCAAGUCUGCAGGGCAUAGCUGUGCUAAACAUUCCCAGCUAUGCUGGUGGGACUAAUUUCUGGGGUGGAACCAAAGAAGAUGAUAUAUUUGGGGCUCCAUCAUUCGAUGAUAAAAUCUUAGAAGUUGUUGCAGUGUUUGGCAGCAUGCAGAUGGCAGUUUCAAGAGUCAUCAAACUGCAGCACCACAGAAUAGCUCAGUGUCGGUCAGUGAAGAUCACCAUACUUGGUGAUGAAGGGGUUCCAGUGCAAGUUGAUGGAGAGGCAUGGAUCCAGCCCCCAGGAGUUAUUAAGAUCAUACAUAAAAACAGAGCUCAGAUGCUAACACGAGACAGAGCCUUUGAAAACACCCUGAAGUCUUGGGAAGACAAACAGAAGUAUGAUUCCUGUAAGCCCGUCAUUCGAUCUCCCUUGUACCCUCAGCAGGCUGUUGAGUUGGCUACAGAAGAAGAAGUUGCACAGAUCCAGCUGUGCUCACAAGCUGCAGAAGAACUGAUUACCAGGAUCUGUGAAGCAGCAAAAAUACAUGGCCUCUUGGAGCAGGAGCUUGCUCAUGCUGUUAAUGCAUGUUCACAUGCAUUAAAUAAAGCCAACCCAAGGUUUCCUGAGAGCCUUACCAGAAAUACUGCCAUGGAGAUAGCUGUCAAUGUGAAGGCCCUACAUAAUGAAACUGAAUCUCUGCUAGUAGGAAGAGUUCCUUUGCAGUUAGAAGCUCCCCAUGAAGAACUCUUGUCUGAUGCUUUGCACAGCGUGGAAAUAGAGUUGAGAAAACUUGCUGAGAUUCCUUGGCUUUAUUAUGUUUUUCAACCAAAUGAUGAUGAGGAUCCCCCUCUGGAUUAUGCUAAAAGAAACAACAGAAGUACAGUGUUUCGCAUAGUGCCUAAGUUUAAAAAAGAAAAAAUUCAGAAGCAUAAGACCAGCCCUCAGCCUGUUCAAAAAUGGGGCACAGAUGAAGUUGCUGCUUGGCUGGAUCUGCUCAGUUUGGGAGAGUACAAAGAAAUCUUCAUCAGCCAUGACAUCCGAGGCUCUGAGCUUUUACAUCUGGAAAGGCGAGAUCUUAAGGACCUGGGGAUAACGAAAGUGGGUCAUAUGAAGCGAAUUCUCCAGGGAAUUAAAGAGCUUGGCAAGAACACCCCUUUGUCUGAAGCGUAAUUAUGCUGGUGCUCUUCCUAGAGAGAGAAGGGAAGGUUGCUGGAGAAGUAGAGCUGUUGCAGGCACUUAGCUGUCUUUGUAGUUUACUCUAUGGAAGAAUAAGCACCAGUGUUUGUACAGGCUAGUAUCUGAAUUCUCAUAUGGUGAAGAGCUUGCUGCAAGAGUACAAAAGGAUUUGUGCCAAAAAAAAGUAAAAGGCGGUAUGUUCUGUGAAGACGUUUUCUUGGUGUGCAAACUUGGCCAGUUUGGAAAAGCACAUUUUGGUAAAUCGAUAGGUUUAUGGUGAACUGCACUGACUGGAAAAUAUAAUCAAGAAAUGAUUGCUUUGCUUACAUGCAGCUCAGUACGCCUCUCUUUCUGCUGCAGCAAGAUACCACUGUACAGCAUGAGGUUGUCUGGUUAUCCUUCCAAGGCAUAGCUCCAUAAAACCUCCUGAGCAGGAGACCGAGAGGGUUUGGAGGUUCAACAUGUGAGCCUAGCAGUGCCGCAGGUACCCAGAACUCACUGGCCAUGCAGAAGGAAGGAAGAGAUACCUUGUGAUACCAUGAAUGCAAACUAUAAUGCAUGGUGUGCCUGCCUGAAUUGUCUGUUGUUCUGUUGCAUGACACAUCUGAUACUUUAAACACUUGAACAACUUUUAUAUUGGUUUGAAUGAGAUUUAAUUUAUUACUACUUGAGUGUUUUGUUGGGGUUUUUUUCAGUUUCAGGCACUUUUCUGUUCUUCAGUGUUGUGUUAUGCCUAAAGCGUGUUCUACGACAAAGGAUGUGUGGGUGUGGAAACUUAGCAUUUGUGCCAUAUUCAGCAGAUUAUAUGCAUUAUAUAUGAUUGAAACACUGUACAGUUAGAUUUUAAAUAUACCAUGUACAGAAAGUGUAUCAGGUAACUAACUUAUGAGUAUUUUUGAAAGACCGGUACCUCACAAAAAUAUCAAUUGGCUUCCUGCAUGGAAAAUGAUAAAGAAUUUUCUCAUGGUGCAUUUUAAUGUAGUUAUUCAGUUACCUUAAACAUCUGUAGCAUAUUUGAACUUCGAGGCACUAAUGGUUUUAUUUAUUGUUCAAAAAGCAGGUUGAAAGAUUAAUGAAAAAUUUUUACAGGAAAAUUCAUUUUAUUUAUCCUACAUAAGAAGAGUUUUAAAAUGUAGCAGCUGAUUUGGUUUUUGUGGGGUAAGCUUUUCCUCAUUACUAAUUAACUAGUACUUUAAAAACAUCUCUGUACACAUUUCUUUACAAAGGCAUCAAUUUGUUUCUUGUCAGCACUCCUACAUUGGUAGAUCAUAAAAAUUGAAAAACCAGACUCUAAGGUUUUACACUAUGCAUGCAAAAGAUGAAUCACAUGCAAGAUAGUAAUCCAUGAGUGUAAACUGGCUAAAAUAUGAAAACCAUCUUUGUUUAGAAAUUGCAUUAGACCCAAGUUUAUAAGGUUAUUUACAGUUUACUUAAAUGAAAUAUAGCUUCAUAAUUGAAUUUCAUGGUUAAUUUUUCACAAAAAUAUUAAUCUACUAGAAAAAUCAUUUGCAUAUAUCUACCAAAAAAACCCAACAACCUACUUAAAUGUUUGAGAUGAGAUGAGAUGGCACUACCUGCCAGAAAACUUGCACAGAAUUGCUGUCUCUGUAUGUUAACAUCGUGCCAUUGAGGCACAAGGAACACUUGACUUUUACUUAAUUGAGUAGCUUUGACAUUUCUUGCAAGUUAAAGAGUAUCUUAAUAUCUAUUGAUGUUUUCCUUGUAGGCAGCAGAGUAAGGUUUCAUUUGUCUUUUCAAAAGCUUAUUUUUUCCUGUUUAAAGGGGCUAAUGUCAAGUAUUGAAUCCUGGUUUUGCCUCCCCCCUCUUAUGAGUAUGAAGGGAGUCAUCCCUUGAAAUGUAAAAUUUAUUCCCCUGUUUUACUGAAAAAGAAAAAAAAAUUAAAAAGGAGCAAAACAGGCUUCAUUUAUGUCAUUAUAGUACUUUGUGCUCUUGCUGCUGUAGGUUCAGCAGGCAUCACUCCAGGAGCUCUGUGGACAUAAUUGAUUAUUCUGGUAAACAAACAAAAGUAAAAGGCUAUGUUCUAUUUGGUUUUCCAUAAAAAAAUCAACGAACAAAAUCCCUUUGCCAAGUGGCAUGAUUUUCAUGCUGUUGUAUGAAAAGCAUAUUGCAAACAAUGGGAAGUUGGGCAAAAAAUGGAAAGAUUCUAUUUUUUUUUAUGUACUUGACAUUCACCCCUUUAAUGAUGUUCAGAUGGCAUCUGUCAAGUAUUUGCAAGUUGUAUUUCCUUUUCUCUUUGUUUCUCCAUAAGCUACCCUAGAUUCUAAUGUGUGACAGCAUUCUAAUGUAUUGAUGUUACAGUAGACUACACAGUUAAUCUUCCCGGUCAGAUCAAGGACAUGAUACACGGAAGAACCUUCUUUGCUUUCCUGAUUGUAGGACACACUCUUCAACUUUAAGCCUUGCUAUAUGCAACGCGUUAAGAUGGGCUAUGGAACAGGAUCUCUUCAGGUCCCUGCAGAGGUCUCUGCUGAGUACGUUAAAACAUGGAAGCUGCUUUUAGGCAGGGAAGAUGGGGAAAUGUUGUUUGUAACAUGAGUUUCUUAUGGCACUCCUCAGAUUACCUCAGUAUAGGACAACUGAUCAAUUGUCUUUGUAUAGUUCAUUGGGGUUUUUUUAAAUGACCACCAAAGAAUUUAACUUUGAUUGUCCUAAGCAGAAGGUUUUUUAAAAUGUGCAAGUAGGAAAAAAAAUGUAAGCAUCAUUUACGCUGUAUUUAUUAGAUGCCCAGGAGAGCAAAUUUUAUGCAACUCUAUGCCUUAGACUAGUGUUGGCUAGGAAAUCAAAAUGCAUCUGAUAAGGAGGCUCAAAAUAUUUUAUGGGGUUUCUUUGCUGAGGUCAUGGGUUAUAACUGUGUUUAGUGAUAUGGCUUUUCUAAAGAAACACUUGUGAACAUAGUGUUACUAUCUCAUGAUUAUUGUAAUUUCCAAGUAUUGGGUUUUUUCCUUACUGCUAUAAAAGUCCCAGCUCCUAGAACUAAGGACAUACAUAUCUACAUUUUUAAUGAGCUGAAUUCUUUAUAAUUUAAUCCUGAUGUUUAAGUGUUCCAAAGCAUAUCCCAAUGUUUCAACAAAAAUACCCUGAAAGUAACUAGGUUUUUUUAGAAAACAAGUUAUCCCAAUAGAUCUUGUGGAGCCCAAUUCAAUAUGUUAGGUUCAUCAAGACAGAAAAUCAUUAUACAAAGCUUACUAGAUUAAUUUUUUUCCCCUAGUCAAAUACACUUAAUUUCCAUGGUCACUCAGCAUACCUUAGAAUCUGAAAGGCAUAGAGAGCAAUUGACAUUUUUUUGGAAGUAGCUGGUGUUCAUAUAGCUGAAAUGCCCUACACCUCAGAAAGAGGACAAAGAGAAAUGCGUGCUUUAAAAUGGCAGCAGAUUGCUAAGUGCAAGUUUCUGUUCUGUCGUUUUCAAAAAGGAUUUUUCCUUUUCAUUGUAUUCAGUUUGUAGCAACUUCUGCUUUGGGUCAUGCAAGUAUUGCCUUUAUAGUGCCUAAUGCCUUCUUCUUAGAAACACAAUGAAACCAGGCAAACUCGUGGUAGGUGUUGGGGUUUUUUUACAAUACUUUAAAGAAAAAACUUGUUCAAAAUGGAAUUUUUUAUAUGAUGGCAAUUGCAAAUUUUCUCUAUGAUACAUUUUUAUCUGUUUCCCCUUAACCACUAUUUUUUCUCCUAAACAUCUCUUUCAAAGCAAAAUAUUUUCAAAUUGGCAGAACAGUAAAAUGUGUGUCAUCAAAAACCCUCCCAGACUGUUUCAAUCCAGUAUUUCUUAAUUUGAGACUGGAGUAAACAUGCUUAGUCCUGUAAAUUAUAAAUAGAAACCAUCUUUUUCUCCCCAUCCCUGCCCAAAGAAAUUCAUGCUGCAGUGUUCUAUAACUGUAAUUCAAACACAAGGAAUUGAUUUUCUUAAUAAUGGCCUAUUUCAUAUUUUCCUGUGCUUUUUGUAGAGAAAUAGAUAACCUGCCAAUUUUGACCUUUUAAUUGAACUGAGCAAUGCUAAUUCACUUAAUGAAAAUUUCAUAAUGUCUUGAUAAUGAACAGAUCUUAUUUCAACAGUAAAAUUAUCAGUGUUGUUCAGUGCAUCUAGUCUUCCUUUCAGGAAGACUGGCAGGAGAUGUUUUUCACAUGUAAUGGAAAACUAAUAUAUAAAGAAAAUAUGAGAGGAUGUUCCAUAGUCCUACUUUAAAAAUAGCUGUAAAACUAAAUAUUAUAUAUAGAUAAUUCCACAAUGGAUGUGUAAGACAAAAACCACCACAGUGAUUCCAUUUUGCUUGAUGCUUCCUAUUAAUGAUUGCAUUACUAAUGUUUACUACUGUUUCUCCAUUUAUCUCUCUGCGUCCCUAAGUAUUAAGUUCUUGCAUGUAAGUUUGACAGCUCUGGUAACUAAUAAUUAGCAGUGCAAAAAGUCUUUGUGAAAGGUAAAGUCACAAGUGAUGUAUAUUGCUGAGGAUAACUGAGCUGGAGCAAUAGAUUUAGCUUACAACUAGGAAAUCAUCUUGUCACUCGUGUGAGAGCCACAGAAAAUUAUAUGGGUAAAUACAAAUCAAUUUUUUCACCCAAAUAAUGUAAGUACCUCUUAACUGCAGCAUCCUGAGCGUUACAUUUAUAGCAUCGUCUCUCCCAUUUCUUUGGUUCUGUUUUCAUAGAUUCUGUGUUUUGUGGUAUGAUUUUCAUAUCAUCAAGGUUUGGUGCUGCUUGUUCUAACUGCAAAGAUCUAAUUUUUGCAGGAACUGUACAUGACUGUAUUGUUGUCUUAAGUAAAAGGAGGAGUUUUUGAUGACUUGAGGAAGCUGAGGAGUUUGGAAAGGACUUGAAAGAUCCCUGAUGCGUCUUCAGAGAUGAAUGGUAGCGUCAGCAGGAUUAAUAAAGCAUCAUUUGGUAAUUAUCAAUAGAUCUUUACUGGUUGUAUAAAUUCCUGUAUUUAUAUAUAGAAUAUAGUGUGGAACUUGAUCUUUUUUACAAACAGAAAAACAUUUUCUAGUUCUUUUCUACUACUGUUGCAUUAAGUUUAAUAGCUCUGUUAAGGGUUUGCUUAUGUACUUGAAAAGCUCGUUUCUGCCAUACAGAAGCCCAGUCUAUUUCUCAGAAAUUAUAUUCCUUUUGGAAGCCAUCUGGAGACUUCCAGGAGACUAUUCCUGUAUUGGAGCUAAUACCACAAUUCACAGCAACUUCUAUAGGCUAAAUAGAGAUUGCCCUCAAUAUUUUAAGUGAAAAAAAAAAAAAAGUUUUGAAAAUGUGGGGUUUUUUUCAGUCUGUAGAAUUAAACUUAAAACAUCAUCCCCUCAUCAUCUGUAAAUAAUAAAAUAUUAGCACUGUUAACACUUUGGCAAACUAGUAAAAUGCUGGUAAUUACAGACCUGAGAGUAUUCCUGGACAAAUUAUAAUGCAUUUAGCUGUAGUGGUUAAAGACUUACCACCUUCAGAGCAGUCAACAGAAAAUUCAUAUAUAUACAUGGCAGAAUUGUAAACAUCUGCUUUAAAUAAUUUAAGACCUUGUCUCCCAGUUGACAGAAACACUUUCUAUAUAAGCUCUCUGAUAGCAUUUUGAGUUCAUAUAACCUAUUGCUUAUAUUAGUGAAAGCAGAAGAAGCUGGUGCAUAAUUUAUGUUUAACACAGGUCAUGUCUCUACUAAUGUUCUCUUGCUGCUUCACAGCUCCUGUGUCUGGAUGACUUCCCAGCUGUUUGGCAAGGGAUGAGAACCUUGCAUGUUUCCCCCGUUUCUGUUUAGAAUAGCUGGACAAGCAGGCUAGGAAAAGCUGUAGGAUGCUCCAGGAGAUCUAGAUUGACCAGGGCUUCAGGCUCCGAAGUCAAGCAUAACCAUGGUGAACUAAAAUCCUUUAAGUCACACUCUUGCAACCCCCGCUGAAAACUACAUUUAGCUUGCCAUACCACUAACAGUUAACACCAGCUACUGGAAUGCUGUUCAAAAGAGAAGUGUUUUGGCUAACUCCACCAGGUGUGUAAAGCUUUUGAAAAUACUACAAAUUAUGGAAGCUAUUAGUAGGACGAAUAUGCAAGUGACUUACAUGUAUUUUAUUCUAUGGAACAAAAACACUUUGGAAAAAUGUAGUAUGAUUGAAGGAUUAGUGUUAGAAUUGAAAAGAUACUGAAGGUAAAAGCAAAGCUUAAAGUAAUUUGAUUUUUUUUUUUCCCCCCAAAUUCAUUGGAAACAAUUCUUUUAGGAAGCUGGGUUUGAUCCAGGAAUAGCUAUGUUAUACCAGAGCAUGUGAACUGGAAGAUGAAACCAGGAAGAAAUGAAGCAGCAAGAAGUAAAAUUUGAUAGUUUGUUUUCAUAAUGAAAACCAUGUGAAAAGCCGAAAAUAAAAUCCCCACAGUAUCCCAAAUCCCUACUAUGAACAUUUAAAGUGAAUUAACAUUUUAAGUCCUACUUUUAUUAAACUAAAGUGUUAAUUGGAUAGAAAACUUUUUAGUUCAAUUAAUAACCUCACAUUAACAUGUCAUUAACAGGGAAAGAGAUAUUACUAUCAUAUUGUAUAUACAAUACAUAGAUACAAUACACAGAUACAAUACACAUACAAUACAUAGAUAUUAGUAUGUUUUUCUCCCUGCCUUAUUAGAAGUAAACUGUUUGGGACUGAUUCUCUUUGCAGUUACAGUCAAUUAUUCUGUGAAUAGGGAGGUUGAGGGAAGCUGAUCCAAGCUGCGUGUUCUUGCUUUUCAGGGAUGGAGAGCACACAUGUGCUGACAAGUAGGGCCUGUGUGUCCUUAAUGAGAAUUUUAAGAACAUGAGAUUUUCUACAUGGACAGUUUGUGUUGGUUUACAGCGAGCGCACAUGCUUGCCAUGAAGGCUUCUAGUGGUACUGUCCUCCCACAACAUGCCAUCUCUAUGUAUUAAAAGAGGCAUUUGGACUGUAGCGCUUAGCCAGAUUUCAGAGGAUUUUCUCCAGGCAUCUGUCACUUGUGUCUGUGCUUUCUGUCCUGGAUUUCUGUCUCCUUAAAAUGUGCAUUUUGAAAAAUGCAGUCAUCCGUAUGUACCAUUUUUCCCCUCAAGAAGCAGAGCUUGUGGAGCUGUCCUGAAAUAAUUUUUGUUAGCUGCUCUCUUACAUCAUGCCCUCUAAAUCCUAAAAGAGCUGAAUCAUGGGGCCUCCUAUAGCUGACUGUUACCUAGUCAUUUACUUCAUUGAAGCUUCUUUGUUGAGGGGAUAGAUCAUCACAGGGCAAGAUAAUAUUCAUAGCAGAAAAUGAGAUGUGCAACAGAUGAGAUUUGUACAUCAGGAGUACAAGCCAUUUAGGAGCUUCUGAGAGGUGAAGAGGGCCUGGUCUCUGCACCUGAGAUCUUGUCCUUCUUCAUCGCAGUCAUCACAUACAAAUCAUUUGAUGACAUCUAAUUCUAGCAGCUUCCUGUCUUAAUUCACAGUUCUUAAUAACAGAACUUGGUUCUAUUCACGGAAAAAUUCAUCAUCUUUGCAAACAGAUCUACUGGGACAUAGGCAUGUGCUUAGCUUUAAACAGCACUUCAGUCCUCCUUGGAGGACUGUACUUCAGUCCAUGUACUUCAAUUCUAGCAUUUACGUGUAAGCCUAUAGAGGAUUUGGGUGGGUAGAAAUUGCUCCUCACAUAAAAGUUACUGUCAGACUGAUCAUCAGUACACUUUUAAAUGCCAUACUUAGGAAUGUUCUCUUGCCAGUAUUGGUGUGCGCAUGUGUGUAGUUAUAUAGUACCUAGUUUGUAGAGUGUGUGUGGCAUGCACACCUGUAGAUACAUAUAUAUACAUACCCAGUUUCUGCCCAAUAUGAUGCCAGCUUGUAUGUAGAGCCAAAAAAACCUUAAAACUAUACAAUGCUUGAGAUGCUGCGUUGUUUUUAUUAUAAUAUUUUUUAUAUCAGAUGAAUUGCAGGAUGUUUACAGAUGCUUAUUAAUAUUUAACUUAUACAAUAGAGUGGCAGGAUGUUUAUGAUUGUUGUCAGCUAAAGAACUGUACACAAUUCUGGGUGAAAUUUUGGCUUUGUUGAAAUCCUUGGCAAAACUCCCAUUGAUCUCACUGGGGCCAAGAUUAAACCCCUCUGAAUCUAUUGUUUACUUGCUAUUUUCCUACUGUGAUGAUUUUUUUAAAUGAGUGAAAUGUAUUUAUUUUUUCCCAAUGUGAAAUCUGCAGUUGCUAUUUGGAUUUUUCUGCAGAACCUACAAACUACAACACAGUUGGGAAUAUAUGCCUCAGAGAAUGUACAGAAUUUUUCAUUGAUCUGGUCCUUGCAUAUGCCUAAGAAAAUACCUUCUAAAAUAACUUUUGUAAGAUUUAAUACAGAAUCUUCUAAAAACAGAUCACCUUUCAUACCUCUCUUCACAAAGAGGGCAUGCAGUGUGGCAGGUGAGGGUGAAGAAUUAUUUAUUGAUGAAUAAAAAAAAAAGUAGUACUGUAAUAUAUGUAUUGAUUUCAUACAGCUCACCUGGCUCUGCAGGUCUGGAAUAAGGCACUUGAAGUACCUUUUCAAGAAAAAAAUAAAUGUUAUAUAGUGUAUGGCUUUUAAAUUCUCAUUGAGACAUGGAGGUAUCUUCAGAACCAGUCUGUAGAAUGAGUCUUAAUAUUUCACAGAUGAAUAAAUUUAUGAAAAUAUUGAGUAGUAAGGCAAAUCAGACAACUACUUGACAUUAGAGAAAUCACUUGUUUAGAGACAGAAAGAUCAGUUCUUCAGUAGCACGAGGGAGGAAAAAUACCAUAAUGCAGCGCUUCCUAAAUCCCUUUCCAGGGUAUCUUUUAAUUGUGUAGGCUCUAAGUAUAUUCUUCCUGUAAAAAGACAGAAGGCUGUGAAACAGCUAAACAGAUGCAUCUUAAUUUCUUCAUCUAAGGCUGUAAGUACCAUUUUCAAGCAAGAGCUAUCAUGCACUUUGAAAUAUAUAUGUCUGGAACAGGUAAGUUUGUAUUCAUCGUAGACAGUCAUCCCAGGGCUACAGCAGGAUUUGUAAAAUGAGGUCAUUAUGCCAAUGUUAUCAAAAGCUGAAGAAAUAGCAAACCAGCCGUGUUCCCCCAUGAGGCUCUUUUUGAAGACAUCCAUGCAAAUGCCCACUGUUCCCACGAAUCUUUCCUGUAAUUUUGCUUAAGAAAGGAUCAUAUUCCAAUUCCUACUUUUCCCCUUGCUAAAAAGGAAGGAAGUAUGCCCCUUGGUUGAACUUUCCAGGAGUUUGUUGGCUCUAGAAACAGACCUCAAAAGAGUAAACAGUUCAGGCCGUUAGUGGCUCAUGGGGGACACACAGGGCUCUGCCUGGGCUCCUUAGUCUCCUGAUGUAGAUAUGAUUAUUGAUUUGGGGGAAAAAAAGCUCCUGUUGUGCUCCCACUGCAGUGAGUGGCAAAUCUCCACGGUUCUUAGAGGGAGCAGAUGGGUGUCCAAGUGAGCAGACAACUUUCCUUUUGCAUGCUGGUUAUCUUUCUGUAAUUCUAAUCAGGACUGGAGUUCAGGACACACCAUUAUUUGUCUGAAAGGCCAUGACGAGUAGACGAUAUGCGAGGAAAUUAGGGGGAAGUGGCUGGAGGUCUGGAUUCUGCCUUUAGUUUCCUGCCAUGGAGCUGGUGCAAGACUGCGGGCAGUUCAGUUAACCUUUGUGUGCCUCACUUUCUCCACCCAUGGAGUAGGGAUGCUUUACCACCUUUGUACAGACCCCUCAAAACCUAUAGGAGAGCAGUGGUACAUAAGCAGCUAAGUUUUACUGACACUAUUAUAUGUAGUAUAAAUAAAUUACUUUUGUCCGUAACACUGCAAAAAUUGCUUUUCCUAGUUUCAGUUCUGACUAUUUGAUGACCUACUACAUUCUGGAUAGUCAGUUUUGAAGCUUAGCGAUUGCUCUAGUACUUACAAUUACACACAUAGCGGGCUCUGUUUGCUGCAGAAAAGAGUUAAACUUUAAACUGCCUGACAAAACUUGCCAAUGACGUAUAUCUAACAGAGCAGGGGUGUAAUUUUUGGCUUUAUUUACUUGUAAUAAUGGUAAGGAACAGUGAAUUUUGUUUGUUUACAUACUGUUUACAAUGGCACAGUUUUAUUUUUAAUAUAUAAAAAUCAAUUGAGGUAUUUAUUGCAUAUACUAUUUUAAAGAUGUUUUAUGUGUUUUCACCUUUGGAAUAUAUUGUUACAUUUCCUUGUACAGAUAAUUUGGGUGGCUUUGUUAAUAUAGUUAGUAAUUUUUAUGACUACUAAGUGACCAGUUUUCCGUGCCUUUUUAUUGUUGGAUGCAUGAUUACAUAUUUAUUAUUGUAUGGAAGUCACUGAGAUGUGUAUUUUUGUAUUCUGCUGGAAGCAAUGGUUGAUUUUAUUGUACAUGAUGAGAUGCCUUCCAUAAUGGGCACUCGUAUGAGAUCUUCCUUCUCAAAUAAACAGAAUGCAUUCAAUGUA